AUGAACUUCAAUCCAGUAAGUACAACGAUUUUAAAGUGCCCCAUGAUGAUAAAGCCAGUGGGCAGUGCAUUGGCUUUCAGAGGUAUUAGCACAUCAAAGUAUCUAUUAAAACAAGCCAUUUAUAGUUUCCAUGAUGUAAAAGGUAUUGUGCUAGGUAAGGAUAAAUUGGAAAGCAAUAAGGCGUUGGUCGAUGUUCGUGAGCCUCAUGAAUUGAAUGAAUCAAGAAUUCCAGGAGCUAUCAAUAUCCCUUGGAAUUCAUCUCCAGAAGCUAUGAGCUUGUCGAAAGAUCAGUUCUACAACAAGUUCAAGUUUGAUAAGCCUAAUGAAGACAAAGAGCUCGUAUUCUUUUGUGCUAAAGGUAUAAGAGCAACCAAUGCAGCUAUAACUGCGGAACAGAAUGGUUAUCAUAAGACUGGAAUUUAUAAGGGCUCGAUGGCAGAUUGGCUUGCCAAUGGUGGGAAUGAUAUCAAAUGA